AUGAAAACUUACGAAUCGGAACCAGAGCUCGGAAGCAAUGAACAAUCAGAGAUGUCUCGUGAAGAUUCGUACCCUCCCUUGGAUACUAAUAUUUAUGAAGCACAAGUCCUGCAGCUACAAAACCUGCAUAACCAGAUUGAAAUUAAAGUUGAAAGUCCAAUUUCUAAUGCCAAUAAACAACAUUUUACUCAUCAUCGAAGAAAAGUAAACAGUUUACACAGAGCUGUUCUAAGAGGUGAUUGGAAGGCUGCUAAAACUGCUCUGAGUUUGGACAAAAAUAUAGCUUGUAUUGAGUUAACAGAAAGAGGAGAUAAUGCUCUUCACAUAGCUGCUGCCGCCAAGCAAACUGCUUUUGUCCACAAUCUAGUCGAACACCUGACUACAAGUGAACUGGAACGGAUGAAUAGACAUGGAAAUACAGCUUUCUGUUUUGCAGCUGUAUCAGGGGUUUUAGAAAUUGCCAAGGUCAUGUACGAAAAAAAUAAGAAUUUGCCAUCAAUUCGAAGUAGCAUAGGAAAGACCCCACUUGAAAUGGCAAUUUUGCUUGGAAACAGAGAAAUGGUUGAAUAUCUUUACCCAAUUACACCUCUUGAAGAUCUCAAUGCCAAGGAAAAUAUGGAGAUUCUUGUAGCACUUAUCCACAUUGACAUGUAUGAUAUCGCUUUGAAUAUAUUAAACUGUUCAAGAAUAGAUAUUUCAACAACGUACGUAGGAAUGGCUUUACAGGCUUUAGCUCGAAAACUUUUACGAGUUCAUGGAUUUCGAGGACAUCGGAUGUGGGAAAGACUCGUAAGAACCAUUGCUUGUAUUCCAUAUUUCGGAAGGAUGUAUAGUACACUACAAAUGAUGAGACAUGCACAUCAGUUGGUAAAGGUGCUGUGGGAACAUAUUAUGACAUUACCGGACUCCGACAUCAGAAAACUAAUUCAAGAGAGUCAUAUAUUUCAUGAUGCUGCAAAAUUAGGGAAUGUUGAGUUUCUUAUUCUGCUUACUGACUCAUAUCCUGAUCUUUUUUGGGAAGUCAACAAAGAGUAUCACUCCAAAUUUCCUGUUGCUCUUAUUUACCGACAAGAGAAAGUGUUCGAUCUCAUCUACCGGACAGGAGCUGUUAAGAAUUUAAUUACACUCUAUAAGGAUGAUGAAGGAAACAACAUUUUGCACUUGGCCGGGAAAUUAGCACCUCCAAGCAGACUCAAAAUCGUACCUGGAGCAGCUCUUCAAAUGCAGAGAGAGCUACGAUGGUUUAUCCACUCUUUAAUUGUACCAUCACUAAUUGAAUAA